GUUUGUUAUGCUUUUGGUUUAUUCAAUUGUGUGUUUUGUAUUCUUUGUCUCUUGAUUAUCCAAUUCAUAUCACCUGUUGUCUGACACCUCCUUUUGUCUCUGACCAAUCAGCUUCCUUUCUUCCUCUUGACGCCUAUCUGUUUCUCAUUGUCUCAAUACCACUGUCCGUGUAUUUAAGAUCCCUGUUUCAGUUCAGUCCUUCUUAGAACAUUAUCAUUGUUCCAUAGUCCCUGUUCUUACCUUGUUCCUUGUUUCCCUGUUUGAGAUGAACAACAGAGACCGCUGCAAGGUGUACAAGAGGGUUGCUGUCAUGUUCUGCCUGGCAGUGGUGGCACUGACUGUUUUCCAAAGAGGAAGUGUCAACAUGGGGGCUCCAUUCCAACUUGAGAGGCGGGCUCGUAUGGAUUCAUCGGAGGGAGCAGAGUCCGGAUUUUUACUCUCCUCUCAAAGGAUAAAAGGUUUUUGGAAGGCGAGCAAACAAAAGCCUCUCCGGCUGAGUCGGUCUACCACAGAGGAACCUAGUAUUACUGAAAUCAACAGCGCUACAACCUGGGAUAUAACCAGCUCUAACUGUAGCGCCAACCUCAAUCUCUCAGGCCAGGAUUGGUUUCGUGGACUCGAGGAAAAUUUCAAGCAGUUCAUGCUCUAUCGACACUGUCGUUACUUCCCAAUGCUCCUCAACCAUCCCGAGAAGUGCUCAGGUGACAUAUAUUUACUCAUGGUAAUCAAGUCAGUGGCCACCCAGCACGACCGAAGAGAAGUCAUUCGAAAAACCUGGGGGAAGGAGCGAGUGUUGAAUGGAAAGACAAUAAAGACGCUAUUCCUUCUUGGUAAACCGUCCAAUCACGCUGAAAGGGCAAACCAUGAGAAGCUUGUAGAGUAUGAGAACCGCAUCUAUGGUGACAUCCUCCAGUGGGGCUUCUUGGAUAGUUUCUUCAAUCUUACACUGAAGGAGACGCAUUUUCUCAAAUGGUUCCACACAUACUGCCCAAAUGUUCGCUACAUCUUCAAGGGGGAUGACGAUGUCUUCGUCAAUGUGGAGAACAUUUUCGAGUUCCUAGACAGCACUAGCAAUACAAGGAAUCUCUUCGUAGGGGAUGUGAUUUUCAAGGCGAGACCAAUCCGUAAAAAGGAAAAUAAGUACUACAUCCCACAAGCUCUUUAUAACAAGACCCAUUACCCUCCGUAUGCUGGUGGAGGGGGGUUUCUAAUGGACAGAACAGUGGCAAGACGGCUUCACUGGGUUGCAGACACCCUGGAGUUGUAUCCCAUUGAUGAUGUCUUCUUGGGUAUGUGCCUUGAGGUCCUUCAGGUCACGCCAAUAAAACAUAACGCCUUUAAGACUUUUGGCCUCGUGAAAAACAAGAGCAGUAAAUUAAACAGAGAGCCAUGUUUCUUUCGGAGUAUGAUUGUUGUGCACAAACUGCUCCCAACGGAACUAAGACACAUGUGGAAUCUAGUCAACAGUGACCUGAUCUGCUCUCAAAAAGUUGAGAUCCUAUAGCUUGGCAAGGAAGAGAAAUGGACACUGCCGAGACGCAAGUUGAACCUUUAUGUUUGACAAAAUUGUCAAAGGCAAGCAAUGUGCACUUUCCUUUCUGUCGAAAGAGACUUGGACAUUUUGCUAGCGCCGUGUUUUGUAAGGCUCUUCAAACAUCAGUUAAAUUAUAGAUUUUGAAAUUGUGGUAUUUAUGAGAAUUUUCAAAGACCUAACACUAAAAUAAUAAUGUCAAUGGUAACACAAAAGAGGAGAGCAAAGUGAUCUGUGCUGCUUGGUGCUCAAUCUGUGAGUAGUAUUUGGAGCAUAGCCUAUUUGUUUUCAUUCGUCUCUUACGCAGUGACUGACUGAUAAUAAACCUACAAAUGUGAAUCCAACAUAUUGGAAAACACAAUUGUUUCUUCCUGUCCAAAGAAACAAACCCUUCUUGUGUAACCUUUAGGGUCAAAAUGAUUUGUCAACACUUAGCCCUUCUUGAGGCCAGUAAACCAUCACUGCAUUUUAGUGUACAAAAUAUUCACCAGUACUUAGCCUUGGGCCAGCAUAUGUGUGCCAAAGUAUCUUAACCCGAAUAAGAAAAAGACUACCUCAGUGAUCCAAACUACCAGACUUCUAAUUUUGAGUGUCUGAGGUAAACAUUUGUCUGGCUGUGCUUGCUGUUGUGAUUUUCAGCUUGUCCCAUCAGGGGCUCCCACAGUAAGAUUUUUCUUUUUUUAAUUCUUCCAAACACCAGAUGCCUUCCUGAUGCAACCCAUCAUUUCUUUAUGCCUGGGAAUUAAGGUAGGGAGUGGCUGGGAAUCAAAACCAUGUCUGUGUAAAGGUAGCAGCAUAUAUCACUUUACCACAAAUGCUUUGUCUGAAAAUACAUAAACAUUUCAAGCAGGUUUUGUGUUGUAGCGGUCCUUGCACUCUGCUCAAAUGUGAGUAAUGUGGAUAUCUGCUAAUGUACUGUAUAGUGCUGGAAAUGUAUAUUAAAAAAUGUUGACUGCCCAUAUAAGUGCAUGUGCAGAUACUGUAUACUUGACAUUGAUAGGUUUACAUUGACACUGGACUAAAGCAAAUACUGGUACGAGUACAUAAAAUGUUAAUUUAAGAGUCCUGUCCUUGACUAAUGGGUGUCAAAUGGGGGGGGUUAUAUUUAAUUUGAAGCAUGGAAUGUUCCAUGAUCAUAAUUGUUAAUUUGAAAUAUUGUAUAUGUUAAUAUAUAAAAUAAACAUCCUGUUUUGU